AAAGAAGAAGACGUAGUUCGUUGGCUUGCUAGAGAAGAGUUGUAAUAAAGUCCAUUUUACCAUGUCAACACGGUGUUAUUUUCACCCCGACUGCAAAUCUCCUAUAUAUGGUCUUCCUAAAGAUGACAAAAUUAGGGAGCAAUGGUUAAAUUUUAUUUUUAACUCGAGUUCUGAACAUAACAACCCCAACAUAUUUCUCUGUGCUGCGCAUUUUACGGAGGACAGCUUCAUUAAUCGUGAAGAGUACAAUGCUGGUAUCGCACAAAUGCUUAUCUUGAAAAAUGAAUCAGUUCCCACUUUAUCAGGACAACCUGCUGAUAAUGGACCAAAAUCUGAUGUGGAUUGUUAUGAAUCUUCACUGAAUAUGAAUGAUGGGAGCUCCACAGACAGUCUGGAUUCAGUGAGCACCGAACAAGAUCAGCCACUGAUGGACAAACAUCUCUCUGAAGAGACAUCCGGUCCCACACAGGAAUCAGAGCUCAGUCUCAAUUUACUCUGUUAUAGCGAGUCAGACAGCGAUCAGGAGGAUGAAUCUAAUGAUAAAACCGCCACAGAGACUUACAAUGUUGUCUGUAACGCUGAAGAACAGCAGCAGAUCCUGCAGACCACAGUGAAGACAUCUACAGUCAUACUGGAGGACUUUAAGAACCAGAUGGAGAUAAAAAUAGAAACUAUAGAAGAGGAACAUAACACUGAUGAUGAUGAUGAUGACGAUGACGAUGAAGAUGAUUUCGUUCCUUCGGAUGAGUCUAAUGAUGAUGAUAAUCACUGUAUUCCUUCAGAUCAGAUCAAUGAAUCUUCUGAUAAAGAGAAACCACACAAGUGUCCAUACUGUAAGAAGACAUUUUCCAAAAUAACUAUGGUUAAAUACCAUGUGCGUUUACACACCAAGGAGAAACCGUAUCAAUGCAGUAUAUGUGGGAAAACCUUUAGGCUUUCAUGUUCUUUAAAAUCGCACGAAAGAACACACAGCGGGGAGCAACCCUUUCAAUGUUCACACUGUGAUAAACGUUUUAAUUAUAAAUAUUAUUUAACGCAACACGAGAGAGUUCACACUGGAGAGAAACCUUUCCUCUGCCAACACUGCGGGAAGAGCUUUCCAAAACAUCAGAAUCUUACAUUUCAUCAGAGAGUUCACACCGGUGAAAAACCUUAUCAGUGCUCUCAAUGUGGAAAGAGCUUCGCGCGUCCCGGGACCUAUAAGACUCAUAAACAAGUUCACCUUGGAGUUAAACCUCAUCCGUGUAGUUUUUGUGGGAAGAGUUUCACUCGACAGGACAAUUUGGCGACACAUCAGAGAAUUCAUACGGGAGACAAACCUUACAAGUGCACCCAGUGUGAUAUGGGAUUUACACAAGCGGUUCUCCUGAGACUCCAUCAGAAAAAACAUACUGCAGGAAAACUUUAACAUCUGGAGAGAUAUUCAAUCAUGUAGGACAUUUAAAGACUCAUCAGAAGAAACAUGCUAAAGAACAGACUGAAAAGAUGACAAAAAUUAAUAAAAAAAAUGGUUACAAACACUAUUUUACAUUUGUAGAAGAAUUUGUAUUUUCUGUACUGUAUUGAAAGUAAUAGCAGAUUUAAUUUGAUCUAAGUAAAACUCAAAUGUAUUUGCUGUGAGACUUUUUUCAACAUUUUUGGUUCUGUGACAUUUAUAAUGUGAUAUUGGUAUUUUCUGUAUUUCUUUACAUAAAUUAGCAUUAGCUAAUUAGCAUGAGCAUUAGUAGCUGUGUAUUCAGAAAUAAAAACAAAUGUUUUGGCAACGGUCCCUAACUUUAUUUUACAAUUGUAAAUUGAGUUAUUGUUAAUUGUAAAUAAAUAGUUAAUGUUUUGUUGUUA